AAUCGUAUUUUUAUGGUAUGUUUGUCAACUGUUACUCUUGUCAAUUACUUAUCAUUACUAAUCUGUAGACUCAACACAGACUAUAUGAAAGUAUAUUUAGUUGACAAUAUUUCAUAUUGUCUGUGAUUAUGGUAUGAAAUAAUCAGUUGGUUUUUGUUUAACAGCAAUUGCCGUUAAAAUAUUAUAUCUAGUUAAAAAUUACUUUAAAAUAUAGUUGGUUUAAUUAAAUAAAAAAAAAAAAUGGAUAUCCAGUUGGUGAAUAUAUACUCUUCUGAAUUUAAAUAUGUAUCAAGCUAUUUUAAUGGUGCACCUAUUAGCAGUAUUUAUAGUGUUCAAAAUGUGUUUCAGUAUGGAAGGUAUCUUCUUCGUAGGGAAAUGUUAAAAACUAGUUAUGAAGCUACUGUAUUCCAUUACAUACAUCAUGAAGAUAGAGAUACAGCAAUUAAUUUUUGUUGUGAUUUUAGAAGAUACAAUAAAACACAUGAAGGCUAUCAAGAUAGGAAACACCCAAUUUUUUUUUCUUCAUUCCAGGAUAUUAUUGAAUUUACCCGUUUACCUUUAAACAGUAUUAGUGUUUUGAUUUUAAAAACGCUUACAAAUGUUUUAAAAUCUCAAUGCGACUACUUUAUUGAAUAUUUAAUAGAAUUUUAUUGAAUAUUUUAAUUUAUAAAUUAUAUCAUAUCCUUAAUAUUUUCCCAUCCCAUGUAUUUAUUAAUUACAGAUUCACAAAGAUAUUUUUAAUUAAUUCAAGGAAAAUUAAUGUAAUUUAAAACACUAUUAUAUUAUUUUUUUGUUAAAACUGUUUAACUCUGUUUUCUAUUAUUUUAUUAUAUAAAAUACCAUGUAAAAUAUAUUCUAUAAUAUGUAAGAAUAUUUUAAUGUUUAAUUG